AUGUAUAUUUGGGACAUCAGAGACUUCCGGAAGCCUCAGCUGUCCAUGAGUUCAGUGGCCGGCGCCACACAAGUCAAGUGGUCUAAAGUGAAUGAACACAUGUUGGCCACCAGUCAUGAGGGGGACGUACGGGUGUGGGACAGGCGUAAGAAUAACACACCAAUUCAUUAUAUAACCGCCCAUUUGUCCAAAAUUAAUGGUUUGGAUUGGAAUCCCAAUAUCGGCUCACAGUUCGCCACUUGUAGUCAAGACGGAACCGUUAGGUUCUGGGAUUUGACGACAUCUAAAUGCAAACCCGAUAUUCUGACAACAGGUCUACCCGUCUGGAGGGCCAGCCGUUUGGCAAUGGAUUGAUUACAGCAUUAGUGCCUCAAUUGCGACGAACGGGUGAAAACAACUCCCUCUGGAUGUGGUCCAUGGAUUGCUUCGACCA